AUGGGAGCGUAUUUUAAUCUAGGCCGCAAUCAGUAUCUUGUUUUUGGUUUCCUCUGUGGGUUUUUGUUUAGCUACUAUUCGCCACAGGACCGCACCGAGUAUGUCACAGAGUGCCGAGAUGUUACGGAACAUGCCAACAACCUGCACAGCUUCGAACACGGCGGCGGCGGCGAGUUUGAACCGCUUCUAAACCUUGAACAAAAACCCAUGAUAGCCAAGAAGGUGGUGAAGAAUAUCGUACGGCCAAGGUACUAUUACACGGAGCUGGGUAUCCGCGAGAAACUGUUCGUCGGCGUGCUAACCAGCACGGAAAACAUCGAGAGCCUGGCGACUGCCAUUAACCGAACGACCGCUCAUCUAGUGAACAAGAUCAAGUUCUUCAUUCACGCUGACAACGUGAAGGCAAACUUUCAUUUGAAAAAUAUAGUAGGCUUCACGGACACGAGAGAAAACCUUCGACCGUUCCAUAUGCUCAAGUUUCUGGCAGAUAACUAUUUGGAUGAGUAUGACUACUUUCUGCUUGUAACCGAUACAACCUACGUUAACGCCCGCACACUACGCAGUCAACUGGAGCACCUAAGCAUCACGAUGGAUGUGUACAUGGGCAGUGCGCAGACCGAUCCUCGGUUCGGCAAAAGGGACGACAAUGGCGGUGAGGAAAACCGAACCUACUGCGAUCUGCACACUGGCAUCUUACUCAGCAAUGGUGUGAUUCGGAAAAUUCGCGCCAAUCUCGAUUGGUGUGUCCGUAAUUCAUACUCUAACGACCACAGUGCCAACAUCGGGAAGUGUGUAAAAUAUUCUGCCAAGAUUGAUGCUUGCCGCGAAAGCUGGCAGGGAAUUACCAUGAACAGUUAUCGGUUGAAUAGCUUCAAACUCUACCGCGACUUUCAUCUGAUUGCCAAGGACGCUUCAUUCAACACGGCCUCGACCGUGUUCCCCAUUACAACGGCGGACGAUUUCUACCUACUGCACACCUACUUCUCGCGCAUCCAUCUGGAGAGUAAUAACGCAAUGAAAAGGGAUCUGCAGAAGGAGGCGAUGCACAUUUCAGGCGGUGCGCUUGUGAACGAUAUCCUCGAGGUGCGGUGGCCUUUGGGUGUACCGAAGACAAACCCUCCCGAUUCGCGCCACGAUGUCAUUCCGUGGACGGCCCUUAAUCUAACCCAUUCGUUCAUGUGGAACUCCGAGGUGAACGUACGGCGGCUUUCGGCGAUCGACGAAGAAGACAUUCGCAACGUGCUGAACAAAACCAUCAUGGAGGCGACGCGAAACGAUCCGAGCAUCGAGUACCGAGGCAUUAGCUCCGCUUACAAGCGAUUCGAUGCGGUACGUGGCAUGGACUAUCGGAUAAUGCUGACGUUCUAUGACCGCAAGCAGAAGCGGCUGGUAUCGAGAAGCUUCGAGGCGAUCAAACCGAUUAGUUUGAUCGAAAUCGUUCCAUCGCCAUACGUCACCGAGAGCACACGGGUCGCUAUUUUGCUGCCAACAUUCGAGCACCAGGUGCAGGAGGCGGAGCAAUUCCUAGAGAGCUACGAAAAAACGUGCAUGGACAGCCAGGACAACACGUUUCUGAUGCUCAUAUUUUUUUAUCAGGCCGAAACCCCGAGCAAGGGAAACGAGGAUGUGUUUCUGCCGAUGAAGAAUAUUGCCCUCGCCCUGACGGAGAAGCACAAGCAGGACGGUUCCAGGGUCGCUUGGGUAUCUAUCCGUUUGCCACCGGAAGUAAGCACAAAGUUCGAUGACAAUCAGCGUUAUCAUAGUUCACUGUACGGGUCGGCCGGCCGCAUGGUUUUCGCGGCGGUGGAUCUGGCGUUACGAAAAAUUGGUCUAGAGAGUCUGGUCAUGGUGUACUCCAACGCUGCCACGUUUCGGCCGGAUUUCCUAAACCGCGUCCGAAUGAACACGAUUCAAGGCUUUCAGGUGUUCAGCCCGAUCGGCUUCAUGAUGUAUCCCUGCGAGUGGACCCGGCUGUGCAAGCUGUGUGAAAACUGUGACGUCGGGCAAAGUAUCGGGUACUUCGAUCGGUCCAAUUACGACGUCGUUUCUUUUUACAGCAACGAUUAUGUGGCCUCAAGGAAAGAGAUGGAAAGUGUCCUCCCUAUUGUGCGGACCGAUCGUGAUAUUAUCAACCUGUUAGACCUUAAUACGACCAAAACCGACAGCAGGGGAACGAUUGCGAACAUUGUGGAGCUGUUCACACGUGCUGGUAGUAAAAUACACGUACUGCGUGCAAUCGACCCCAACCUUCGGUUCGGCAACAGUAUGAACAAUUUUCUCGCUAAUGAUCCGUACGCGGAGCGGAUUUCUAAACUACGCUGUACGGCAAACGAUAAGCAACAGUGUGUUCGUAUUGCUUCGAAGAAGCAAAUAGGCGAUCUGCUUAUGCAAUAUAGUAUGCACCACGAAGAGCAGACGGCACGAUAAACGGGAUAACUGGGAGAUAGAAAUAAUCAUAACCCAACAUAUGACCGCAUUAGCUUGCAUCGUGCAAUGUGCCAUUGAUUUAGAUAGCCUACUUUAAGUAAUUACGAUAAGAUUUAUAUCUCACGGACAAAAUUUGGCACAG